GUCCCCGGCCUUCCCUGCGGGCUGUGGAGCAGCUGCUGCGGAAGGAUGGACCCUGGGGCCCGCGGCUUCUCUGAAGAGCAGUUCCGGGAGGCCUGCGCUGAGCUGCAGCAGCCCGCAAUUUCCGGGGCCGACUGGGAGCUGCUGGUGGAGACUUUCGGCAUCAGCAUCUACCGUCUGCUGGAUCAGCAGACUGGAGUGUAUGAGUAUAAGGUCUUUGGCGUUCUGGAGGAUUGCUCGCCGGAUCUACUUGCAGAUGUCUACAUGGACUUAGACUACAGGAAACAGUGGGACCAAUAUAUUAAAGAACUCUAUGAAAAAGAAUGCAAUGGAGAAGCAGUGGUCUACUGGCAAGUGAAGUACCCUUUUCCCAUGUCCAACAGAGAUUACGUCUAUGUGCGGCAGCGGCGAGAGCUGGACCAUGAAGGAUGGAAGAUCCACGUGAUCCUGGCCCAGAGCACCUCCGUGCCGCAGUUUCCAGAGAGGUCUGGCGUGAUCCGAGUGGAGCAGUACCAGCAGAGGCUGGCGAUCCAGAGCGAUGGCAAGAGGGGGAGCAAAGUUUUCAUGUAUUACUUCGAUAACCCAGGUGGCCAAAUCCCGUCCUGGCUCAUUAACUGGGCUGCUAAGAAUGGUGUUCCUAACUUCUUGAAAGACAUGGCAAAAGCCUGUCAGAACUAUCACAAGAAAACCUAAGGGAGGGAAUUGGGAGCCCCGUGUCCGUGGAAUGAUGUCUCCAGAAGUGCCACAACCACCGAUGCUCAGCCUGCCUUCCACUUUUCCGUCCUCAGAGGCCUGCGUGCUCUCCAGCAUGUCAUCCCCCAGUGUGUUUGCCUGACACCGGCUUCCUUUCUCACUCUCCCUACCCCAGGACCAGCUAGCUGCCUUCUUCCACUGUUGAAUAUGGGUCAAAUUAGGGAAACCUUUGCUUGUUUCUUUUUGAAAAGGGGAGUGCUCCAUAGGAGCACAGUCAAUCCAUUGUGCCAUUCUAGGGGGAUCAUGGGUGGAGGACUGACAGCACCACCUAAGAGUGACUGAACCUGGCGAGCUGGCUCCCUCCCACAUGUGAUUUCUUGCAACUCAGGAGGUAAUUUCCUGCUGAAGUUGCAGUGCCUUCAGAGCUGACUCUCAGUGCAAGACUGGAAGACUCAUGUCCAUUUGCCUUAUGCUUUGCUGACUUGAUUUGCCUGAUUUGAGAUGCUAAUCCACUAAGCCUCUCCCACUCCUCCUUGUGGAGGAUUAUGAGCUGUUUUGAUUUCAAACUAUUUUGAAAAACAUUGCAGGCCUGACUAAGUAUGUAGUGUGAUAACAGUUUUUCUUAUCAUCCAUGUCUGGGUUUUUCUCUUUCCCAUAUGCCACUGGGAAGCCUGUCUGUACCUCACUAGCUCUGCAUUUUACUGGACACUGAGGUAUCAAGAUAGCUCUGGCAGUUAGCAGAAGCCAACCUGCUUUGCACACAGCAUUGAAAUAAAGUGUCUUUAAUAUGCAAUAAAUGUUUGGGGAUGUUGAAGGAAUAAGAGUUCACAGCCAGGGGAAUAUUAAUUAGUGGUGUGGUUGACUCUACACCUUUUUUCUCAGGAAUUCUACCUAAGUUAUUUGCCUCUCCCACCAUGAGAAGACCUCCCUUUUCCUACUUUCCUCUUGAAUUGGAAGGAAACAUAUUUUGUGGCCAAAGGCACAGCCUUUUAAUCUCAGGGAAAAUUUUUAAUCACUAUGUGUGAUGGUACCAAACCUUGAUUAAUGGGCAUAAAAAUUCAGGAUGUAAAGCUCAAAGCAGGGGAUUUAUUAAAAUGGGAUAACUCACACUGUAUGUUUUCUCUCUGGAAAGGGAAGUGUAUUGAAUAAUAAAUACAGA